GUCAUCAUCAUCAUCAGCAGAGUCAUCAUCAUCAGUGCCAGAGUCAUCAUCAUCAGUGGCAGAGUCAUCAUUGCCAGAGUCAUUAUCAUCAUCAUCAGCAGCAGAUUCAUCAUCAACAUCAUCGGCAGCUUCAUUAUUGGCAGGGUAAGCCUCAUCAUCAGCAGUAGAUGCAUCAUCGGUACCAUCAUCAUCACCAGCGGUGACAUCACGCCCACCUUUGUCACUGUUGCCACUGCCUCGUGCCACGUGUUACACCUGUCUCGUGCCACGUGUUACACCUGUCUCGUGCCACGUGUUACACCUGUCACGUGCCACGUGUUACACCUGUCUCGUGCCACAUGUUACACCUGUCACGUGGCACGUGUUACAUUGGGCCUGCCUCGUGCCACGUGUUACACCUGCCUCGUGCCACGUGUUACACCUGUCACGUGGCACGUGUUACGUUGGGCCUGCCUCGUGCCACGUGUUACACCUGUCACGUGCCACGUGUUACACCUGUCACGUGGCACGUGUUACACCUGUCACGUGGCACGUGUUACACCUGUCACGUGCCACGUGUUACACCUGUCACGUGCCACGUGUUACACCUGUCACGUGCCACGUGUUACACCUGUCACGUGCCACGUGUUACACCUGUCUCGUGCCACGUGUUACACCUGUCACGUGCCACGUGUUACACCUGUCACGUGCCACGUGUUACACCUGUCACGUGCCACGUGUUACACCUGUCACGUGGCACGUGUUACACCUGUCACGUGCCACGUGUUACACCUGUCACGUGCCACGUGUUACACCUGUCACGUGCCACGUGUUACACCUGCCACGUGCCACGUGUUACACCUGUCACGUGCCACGUGUUACACCUGUCACGUGCCACGUGUUACACCUGUCACGUGGCACGUGUUACACCUGUCACGUGCCACGUGUUGGGCCUGCCUCGUGCCACGUGCCACGUGUUACACCUGUCACGUGGCACGUGUUACACCUGUCACGUGCCACAUGUUACACCUGUCACGUGCCACGUGUUACACCUGUCACGUGCCACGUGUUACACCUGUCACGUGGCACGUGUUACACCUGUCACGUGGCACGUGUUACACCUGUCGUGCCACGUGUUACACCUGUCUCGUGCCACGUGUUGGGCCUGCCUCGUGCCACGUGUUACACCUGUCACGUGCCACGUGUUACACCUGUCACGUGACACGUGUUACACCUGUCACGUGGCACGUGUUACACCUGUCACGUGACACGUGUUACACCUGUCACGUGGCACGUGUUACACCUGUCACGUGCCACGUGUUACACCUGUCACGUGCCACGUGUUACACCUGUCACGUGCCACGUGUUACACCUGUCACGUGCCACGUGUUACACCUGUCACGUGCCACGUGUUACACCUGUCACGUGCCACGUGUUACACCUGUCACGUGCCACGUGUUACACCUGUCACGUGGCACGUGUAACACCUGUCACGUGCCACGUGUUACACCUGUCACGUGCCACGUGUUACACCUGUCACGUGCCACGUGUUACACCUGUCACGUGCCACGUGUUACACCUGUCACAUGCCACGUGUUACACCUGUCACGUGGCACGUGUUACACCUGUCACGUGCCACGUGUUACACCUGUCACGUGCCACGUGUUACACCUGUCACGUGGCACGUGUUACACCUGUCACGUACCACGUGUUACACCUGCCACGUGCCACGUGUUACACCUGUCACGUGCCACGUGUUACACCUGUCACGUGCCACGUGUUACACCUGUCACGUGCCACGUGUUACACCUGUCACGUGCCACGUGUUACACCUGUCACGUGCCACGUGUUACGCCUGUCACGUGACACGUGUUACACCUGUCACGUGCCACGUGUUACACCUGUCACGUGCCACGUGUUACACCUGUCACCUGUCACGUGCCACGUGUUACACCUGUCACGUGGCACGUGUUACACCUGUCACGUGGCACGUGUUACACCUGUCACGUGGCACGUGUUACACCUGUCACGUGGCACGUGUUACACCUGUCACGUGGCACGUGUUACACCUGUCACGUGGCACGUGUUACACCUGUCACGUGGCACGUGUUACACCUGUCACGUGGCACGUGUUACACCUGUCACGUGGCACGUGUUACACCUGUCACGUGGCACGUGUUACACCUGUCACGUGGCACGUGUUACACCUGUCACCUGUCACGUGCCACGUGUUGGGCCUGCCACGUGUGAUGGGUGGCUCCUUGCGGCAGCAGCGGCAGCGCCACCGACACCGGCACCGGCACCGUCACCGUCACCGUGGGUUUGAGAGGCGUUGCGACCGGGGGGAGAGAACCAAGGCCACUUUUUUCCACUGCCACAAGCGAGCCGUGCCAGCACGGUUACGGGUUUUUGGGGUUUUUCCACACUGCCACAAGCGGAGCCGUGCCAGCACGGUUACGGGUUUUGGGGUUUUUCCAUUAGCACAAGCGGAGCCGUGCCAGCACGGUUAUGGGUUUUGGGGUUUUUCCAUUAGCACAAGCGGAGCCGUGCCAGCACGGUUAUGGGUUUUGGGGUUUUUCCAUUAGCACAAGCGGAGCUGUGCCAGCACGGUUACGGGUUUUGGGGUUUUUCCAUUACCACAAGCGAGUCGGAACCAGACACCGCCUGUGCACAGAAAUGCUAGAGGUCACGGUUUGCGGUGAUUUAUCCACUGCCAAAGCAGUGCCGUGUCAACGCAGCCGGUAACCGUGCUGGGCACAGGCUGCAUUGGCACGGCUCUGCUUGUGGCAAUGGAAAAAAAACCCACAACCUGUAACCGUGCUGGACACAGGCUCUGUUGGCACGGCUAGGGAAGUCCGCAACCUGUAACAUUUCUGGGCGUAGGCUGUGUUGGUACGGCUCGCUUGUGGUAAUGGAAAAACCUACAACCUGUAACCGUGCUGGACACAGGCUGUUUUGGCACGGCUGUGGAAAACCGUGACCUGUAACCGUGCUGGACACAGGCUGUGUUGGCACGGCUGUGGAAAACCGUGACCUGUAACCGUGCUGGACACAGGCUGUGUUGGCACGGCUGUGGAAAACCGUGACCUGUAACCGUGCUGGACACAGGCUGUGUUGGCACGGCUGUGGAAAACCGGGACCUGUAACCAUGCUAGGUACAGGCUGUGUUGGCACGGCUGUGGAAAACCGUGACCUGUAACCGUGCUAGGCACAGGCUGUGUUGGCACGGCUGUGGAAAACCGUGACCUGUAACCGUGCUAGACACAGGCUGUGUUGGCACGGCUGUGGAAAACCGUGACCUGUAACCGUGCCAGACACAGGCUGUGUUGGCACGGCUGUGGAAAACCGUGACCUGUAACCGUGCUUGGACACAGGCUGUGUUGGCACGGCUGUGGAAAACCGUGAGCUGUAACCGUGCUGGACACAGGUUGUGUUGGCACGGCUGUGGAAAACCGUGACCUGUAACCGUGCUGAACACAGGCUGUGUUGGCACGGCUGUGGAAAACCGUGACCUGUAACCGUGCUGGAAACAGGCUGUGUUGGCACGGCUGUGGAAAACCGUGAGCUGUAACCGUGCUGGACACAGGCUGUGUUGGCACGGCUGUGGAAAACCGUGACCUGUAACCGUGCUGGACACAGGCUGUGUUGGCACGGCUGUGGAAAACCGUGAGCUGUAACCAUACUGGACACAGGCUGUGUUGGCACGGCUGUGGAAAACCGUGACCUGUAACCGUGCUGAACACAGGCUGUGUUGGCACGGCUGUGGAAAACCGUGACAUGUAACCGUGCUAGGCACAGGCUGUGUUGGCACGGCUGUGGAAAACCGUGACCUGUUACCGUGCUAGGCACAGGUUGUGUUGGCACGGCUGUGGAAAACCGUGACAUGUAACCGUGCUGGACACAGGCUGUGUUGGCACGGCUGUGGAAAACCGUGACCUGUAACCGUGCUAGGCACAGGCUGUUGGCACGGCUGUGGAAAACCGUGACCUGUAACCGUGCUAGGCACAGGCUGUGUUGGCACGGCUGUGGAAAACCGUGACCUGUAACCGUGCCAGACACAGGCUGUGUUGGCACGGCUGUGGAAAACCGCGACCCGUAACCGUGCUGGAAACAGGCUGUUUUGGCACGGCUGUGGAAAACCAUGAGCUGUAACCGUGCUGGACACAGGCUGUGUUGGCACGGCUGUGGAAAACCGUGAGCUGUAACCGUGCUAGGCACAGGCUGUGUGUUGGAACGCGGCGUUGCGAGCGUUGGGAACUCAUGGCGUUUAUUUAACAAAAAUAAAAAAGAGAUUUCGCUCAGAAAA